AUGAUAGAGAGCACAAUUGAUUUAGAACAAGUGGAUAAUGGUGAAUUUCUGGUUCGACCUGAUUUUGAUCAAGAUCUACAAGUUUCUGCAAAGUUUGUUCCAUGCUUGUUGACUGCUGAUCAGAAAGGCAAUUGCUUGGCAGCUUGUCAGACUUUGAAAGAACAUUUGGGAAAUGAUCCAGACUUGUUUUCUAAGAUGAUAACUAGUGAUGAAUUAUGGUGUUGUGGUUACAAUCCGGAAACCAAAUCCAGCCAGUGGAAAACUUCAGGAUCUCCUCAUCUUAAAAAAGCAAGUCAACUGAAGUCAAAUGUGGAAACUAUGUUAAUCUGUUUUUUUGAUGUGAAAGGAAUUGUUCAUUCCAAAUUUGUCUGUCCAGGCCAGACAGUCAAUUGA